AUGGGAAAGACUUUCGCACGGGUUCAUGCCGCUUCUGCUGGUCAUUUUGAGCACGGCGACAAAAUAGCACAGUGGGUCAAAUUCAAUGGCGGCCAAUUCUCACGAGGAGUUCAUUCUCAUGUCACCCAUCUCAUUACCUCACUCGACGCUUACAAGCAGAAUGUGGAAGCAGUCAAAAUGGCCAAGAAACUCGGCACCGUGAAAAUUGUGACCUAUGACUGGCUAGAGGACUCGCUUUUGCAAAAGUCCAAACGCCCGAAGGUAGAAGAGCCAUACUUGCUUGAGAACCAAUUUGGCCCGAGGGCCAAGAGCAAAAGCAAAAGAUUUGGAGCUAAAGACGGAAAGCAAGUUGUUCGGGACCCCUUCUCCCAGAAGAAAGGGACCAAAGUCAAAGAGCGAAUUUAUAGGGACCCAGAUACAAGCGAGGAAUGGUCUGCAUAUCUCUUUCGCUCGGUGAAGCCCGGGGCUCCACGGGAGAAGUUCUCUCUUGCAAUUUUCGAAGACCACAGGAGCCCCCCUUCAUAUUCUGCCUAUGCGAAGUACAGUCGUACUGGAACAUCAGACAUUGCCAUUCUAUCACCUCCAAGGAGCACACUUGAAAGUGCCAAAGACAGCUUGAAGAAAUUCUUUGCUCAAGAAACUGGCAAAAAGUGGGACGAUAGGUUCGACAACAAGGCUCCUCCACCGAAAAAGGAUGCAGAUGGGAAUGAUCUGCCUAUGCACGAAGGAUGGUAUUCUGUGGAAUACAAGAGGACUCUUUUAGGAUCUUACAUGAUGGAACCUGUGCACAUUCCCCGAAAGAGCCAUCGGUUGUUCCCAGAGAACCUGAACAUGACCCAGGAAAAGAGGAUGCCAAUGGUGCUAAGGGACGCGCAGAAAGCGAAUUUGACUCUCAAGAGAGAAGCACUAUCGGCACGAAGAAAAUGGAUGGAUCGAGUUUAUUCGAACACUAAAGCUUGA